UCCGAUCGCCAGCGCGAGCAGCUGCUGCCGGACGAGGACUCGCGACAGAGCUACGAGCUGGGACGGGCGUUUGAGCGGCAGUACCCGUACGGCAGCGUGGACACACAGCUGACGACAGAGCAGGAGACGCAGAUUAGGGAGAAGGGCGUGGACGCAUGGGAGUUUGUGGUGGGCCUGGAUGUCAAUGCGAUGCUGCAGACAAAGACCGAUGUGCUGCUCAUGGGCGGCGAGAACUGCGUGCAGACAAACCUGCCGAUUCCAAAGACAAACUCUGUGUACUACUUUGAGGUCAAGAUCGUCGAGAAGCCAGCUGACGUCAACAUGUGGAUUGGGCUGGCCACCAAGCCAUACCCGGCGUGGCGGAUGACAGGCUGGAACAAGUACUCUGUCGGCUAUUCAGUCAACAACGGCAACUUGCACCAAAACAGCCCGUUCAAGGGCCAGCAUAUCGGCGAGCAGCUGUACGUGGGCGACAUUCUCGGCGUAGGGUACCAGCCGCGCAGCGGCAUUGUGUGGUUCACGCGAAACGGCCGCCGCUACAAGGCCAUUGCCUCGGGGAUGCUGUACGACGUGUUUCCAACAAUUUCCGCCGACGGCCCGUGCUCCUUCAGCGCCAACAUUGGCCAGCGCGGGUACGUGUUUAUCGAGGCCAACGUCAAGCGCUGGGGCUUCGCGCCCAUCGAGGGUGUGGUGCAGCCGCCGCCCGUGUACGGCGCCAACCAGAACACCAUCCUGCUG